UGGCUUGCCCAUUAGGACUGGUCAGCGAAACCCUGGAUCAAGGGGAGAAAAAGAAGAAGAAAGCACAUAAUGGAUCGAGAGUAGCUUCAGUUUCAGAGUUGAGAGGCGAAGAAGGACCUCUGCCUUUUUAUCCAUUGCUUACCAUAAUCUGCGUUGCUGAAGAAGAGCGUAAAUUUCGACCUACUGGUUAGUCGUAACUGAGCGAUUUUCCGACGCUGCAACAGACAUGGCAACCGUCUCAGACUACGGAGCGUUCAUGCAGAAAUUCAUUCUCCUACCAAGUUCUUCAUCCCAUGGUCUUCCGUUAAGUUCUCUUACUUUUGCAGUCAAAGAAAUAUUUGAUGUGGAGGGGCAUGUGACUGGAUUUGGGCAUCCUGACUGGGCGAGAACUCAUCCGGUGGCUUCAUCCACUUCUCCAGCUGUAUCAGCUCUCCUAAACGCAGGUGCCACUUGUGUCGGUACAACUGUCAUGGACGAAAUGGCUUACAGUAUAAAUGGAGAGAAUAUACACUAUGGCACACCCAGGAAUCCUUGUGCGGCGGAUAGGGUGCCCGGGGGUUCUUCUAGCGGCUCUGCUGUUGCAGUUGGUGCAAAGCUUGUAGAUUUCUCCUUAGGAACUGACACCGGUGGAAGUGUGAGAGUGCCGUCUUCAUAUUGUGGGAUUUUUGGGUUUCGUCCUUCUCACGGAACUGUUUCAACAUCAGGAGUUAUUCCCCUGGCACAGAGUUUUGACACUGUGGGAUGGUUUGCUAGGAAUCCCGUGAUUUUGAGCAGAGUCGGACGUGUGCUUCUGCAAUUGCCUGAAGCAGCAUCUGUCAGACCCACUCACAUUAUUAUCGCAGACGAUUGUCUUCAGCCGUCAAGCAUUCCACACAAUCUAGUUGCGCAAAUUCUCAUUAAAGCGGUUGAAAAGUUAUAUGGAGAUGAGAUAUUGAAACAUGAAAUGUUGGGCGACUUUGUAAAGGACAGAGUUCCAACUCUAAGGCAUUUCAUGAUGGGUAAUAGCCAAUCAGACCAAGUAUAUAACAUUCCAUCUCUUGCAGCCCUUUCGACUGCCAUGCGAUUACUUGAGAGGUACGAAUUCAAGAUUAACCACGGUGAAUGGGUUCGCACAGUGAAACCUGAGUUAGGUCCAGAAAUAUCUGAACGUGUAUCAGAAGCCCUAAGGGCAACAGGGGAAAACAUUGAUCUCUGUCGGUCAGUUAAAGAGGAAAUGCGUGAAGCUCUUUCUGCUCUUCUUGGGGAUUUUGGUGUGCUUGUCAUUCCCACUGUUCCAGGGCCUCCGCCAAAAAUAGGAACAAAUACGCCUGAACUGGAAACUUUUCGUGCAAAGGCUUUUGCCCUGUUAUCCAUUGCUGGAGUAUCGGGAUGCUGCCAGGUUAACGUACCGAUGGGGAUGCAUGAAGGCCUUCCCAUAUCAAUUUCUCUGGUGGCCAGACAGGGUGCAGAUGGGUUCUUGCUUCAUCUUGUUGAGCGUCUUUAUGACCUCCUUCAGCAGGAGAUCACGCCGUCUUCCCAAUAAAAAGCUUGCUUGUGAUAUCGUUAAUAACAUCUGAUAAUACCAGAUUUGAUAACAUUAUAAGAGUUUUAAAACUAAUGUAGUUUUGGCUUAAUAUAUUGUACAACUUUAUAUGUGAAUUGAGCUAUGCGCUUUCACAGAGGAAUCAGCAACUUCACGGAAAUCAUCUCCCCCUGCUGUCGCAUUGUGCGAAUAGUUUCCAGGAGAAUCGCCCUUCCAACCUAGCAGUACAGAAAAUCACAUGUAUUGCUGAGAUACAUAUAUAUACCUCUCUUAAGCUUUAAGCCUGGCAGGGAAGACUUCCCUCUUAAAAGUUUUAA